UGGUUCAAAGGUUCCGGUUCAAUUUGCUCCAGCAAACGAAGAAAAAAAACAAAGAAAAGCCGCGGUGUCCUUUUUUUUACUCCUUCCACGGGUGGUGGGAGAGUGUGGCAGUGAAGGCAGCAUGGUGAGGUGUCAGGUGGACUGGGACUGGGUGGGACUGGGACACCGCAUGUAAACUGGUCAGACUGGUCGGGCUGGGACACUUUUCUCCUUAAAGUACAUGAAGCCGCGCGGAGGCUGCUGAUGAUGAUGACGACACUCCGGCUGCUCGGCUUGUUUGUGUGCGCUACAGGUGAGUCGGCGGUGACGUCACGUCGUGAACUAUUUGAAGUGACGCCGGACCUUGUUUUCAGUCGUGGUUCGGGCCGACGAGCCUCCCACGGCGACGUCCGUCACCGCCUGGCUGCGCGACACCGUGCGACUUCCGUGCUACGCCGACAGCCACGUGACGCCGUGGCAGACCGCGUGGUGGAAGGACGGGCAGGACGUGUCCGUGGACGUCCUCGACAGCCCCGCCGCGGACGUCAGACCUCGCGUGGGCUUGCUGGAGGACGGCAGUCUGGACUUCCGGUGGGUGCGCGAGGGGGACGAAGGGGACUACCUGUGCAGCGCCCAGCUUCCGGGGAACGUCACGUGGCGCGCACGCGUCCUGCUGAAGGCGGUCCAGCAAACAUGUCCGUGUCCAUCAACCCCGCCACCGUCCUGUCCAACGGGACGCUGGUCACCUACCGCGGCUCCACCGUCUCCUUCCACUGCGUCGCCGAUUCUUACCCGUCCCAGCAUCUGAACUGGACCUUCAGAGGGGCGGCGGACGUUAACCACUUGUUGGCGUCGUCCCAGGCUCCCUGGCUGGACUUCAGGAUGAAGGACGUGCAGCCCGCCGCUCAGGGGGUCUACAGCUGCUCGGCCAACAACACCGUCAGCCACAACGCCGCCAACAGGAGCGCCCAGCUGCUGGUUUACUAUGUUCCAGACAGGCACCCUGAGUGCACCUGGGUUCAGUCCCAGGACCCCACGGAGGUGCACUUCAGCUGCAGCUGGGAGGGAUCGUACCCGGCGCCCACGCUGCAGUGGGCCGAGGAACAAGGCGACCAGGGGACUCGGCGCGUCUUCGCCUCCGAGGUGACGGACGGCCUGACGGUGGCGCUAAACCGCUCGCUGCUUCUCGGUGGGCAGACCAUCAAGUGCUUGGCGCAGCACCUGGCGCUCGCUCCUGGGCAGGAACGCUCCUGUUCUUUUUUGCUCAAGCCGCCGUAUCCCGAAGGAGAGCCGCUGGCCUCGGCUCAGGAGGGGAGCAACGUCACGCUCACCUGCACGGAGUCCACGUCCGCCCCGCCGGCCAACACCACCUGGAGGCGGGGCCGGGAGCAAGUGGAGAUCGUGGCCGGCGCCAAGUACUUCCUGUCCGUGGACGGCCCCAUCUACCGGCUGACCAUCGCCAACGUCAGCAAGGACGACGAGGGCGUGUACUUCUGCCGCAGCGAGAACCCGCUGGCCGUGUUCGAGCUGGAGGUCUACCUUACAGUGAGAGCUUCCUUGGCUUACACGGGCGCCGUUAUCGGCGUGUUCAUCGCCGCUCUUAUCGUGGCCUCCGCCAUCGUCGUGGCCAAAGUGGUUUACUCCAACCGGCACCGAGUCUGCCUAGGAGGAGCCUUUGGGCGCCCGGGCGACAACGUAGGUGACGUGCUGAGCCUGGUGGAGUCGGACGAUGAGCUCUUCAACGCGCCCGCCCCUCGACUCCCCCCGCUGACGCCCGCGAAUCAAACCACCAUGGUCCAGAUCCACCACAUCCCAUCCGGUGAGCAGGAGGACACAGGGACGACGACGGCCCAGACACAAGAAGAAGAUCAAGAAAAAUUGAGAGAGGAGCUGCCGGAUCUUGUAACAUUUUAGGUGUCUGGCAAUUUUUCUUUUCAUUAUAGUUGAACAUUGACCUCCAACAGAAAUGUGAAGGAUGCUUUUAUAAGGCCGUUACCAAGGUAACUAUUUGUUUCUUUGGUGUGGAGUGACCCAAGUGCCCUUACGUCACCACUCUUGACGCUUUAGAAUGUGACUCGACCGGAAAAGUGGGAGGGGCCGGAUGUCGCCCUCGCCAGUCAGCGAGACGCCGACCAGCCUCACGUAUCGUCUUAAACAAAAAUACAGAAAAAUGUUCAUUGUAUAUUUUUGACGAUUAGAAUUUGGUGUUCAAAUGAUUACUUUUAAAGAGGAUUUCAAUUGUUCUGUAAUAGCUGUAUGAUGUAAUCACAUGUAAAUGAAAAACAUGUCAAUGUUGGUAUGAAAAUGUUUACAGCUAUUACUCUUUUAUUAGCACCUUUCAGAACUUUAGCACCUCUUAAAAUGAUUACUUUAAAACCGUAUUUUCAUGUUGGAAUUAUUUUUGUAUUGAAGUACAAACUAAUACUGAACAUGCACUUGAAAUUAUUCCAUCCAAAAAUGUAAAUUAUUAAAAAUGCUUGACAAAAAUGAUACAGUUAACUUCCUGCUUUUCAAGACUGAUACCAUCCAUCCAUCCAUCCAUUUUCUACCACUUGUCCCUUUUGGGGUCGCAGGGGGUGCUGGAGCCUAUCUCAGCUGCAUUCGGGCGGAAGGCGGGGUACACCCUGGACAAGUCACCACCUCACCAAUAACGUAAUUAUAUUUUUUUUUCUGUAAACGUAAAUUUAACUGUAAUUCGUUUUUCUUUGCGGCUGGAUUUAGGGCAGCUUCUUUAACUACGUGUUUACAAUGAACUCGAGAAGUUUACAGCAAGUAGGAGCAAAGGAGCGUUUGAUUUGCCCGCCUUCAGCACAGUACAGCAAUGUCUCAUUUGAGCAUUUUUUGUUUGUUUUUAAAUUUGAUAAAACAUUUUUACAUUCAGUGGUUUGAUGUAAUUCCUUAUAUUUAUC